AUGCAGCAAGCUGAGCAGCGGCCGCUGAGGAUAUUUUGCAAGGGGGAUCGAAACUUGAACAUGGCUGUCCGCGGCGACGACGUGAUUCUCGUACCUGCCGACCCCAAUGACAAAUCCCAGCACUGGUUCCAGGACUACGAUGCAGUCGGGAAACUGACGGACGACCAGGGCCACAGGGCAUUCGCGCUGGUGAAUAGAACCACGGGGCAAGCCAUGGUGAACAGAGAUGACGACGUGGUGCGGCUGGCCCCCUACAGCCCCCAUGUGGGCGUGGAGCUCUCGAUGUUGUGGUCCUUGGGCAUGAAUCUCAGCGGUGGCUUUGCGGAGGUAAGAACGCUCAAAGACCUAUCUAGGACAAUCAAUGGCUUAAACGGCUAUGUCAAAGAUGGGACACCCAUAGCGAUGUAUGAUUCAGAGCCAUUUUCUCCUAAUGCCGUCUGGAAGUUUGAUCCCAUCACCGACCACUGA